AUGAUGCGUAACAAGCAGUACUUUGCAUCAAAGAUGACAAGAGUGAUAGUUGUGCUCCUACUUAUCUGCCUUAUCUUCCUCGAUGGCACUAAUGCCAGAGGUAUUGGAGGCUCUGUUGGCAGAGGUUUUGGUGGCUCUCGCGGAAGAGGAAGGAGCUUUGGUGGUGGUGGUGGUAGCCGCGGUGGUGGAGGCAGAUCAGAUGCCUCCUCUCACCCAUGCUUAAAUAGAGCAGCAGCAGCUUCAUCACCAUUACAGAUUGGUGGCUUUACAGGCGGAGAAAGAGGUGGAGGUGGAGGAGGAAUAGUAAGAGUAGGAGGUGGAUAA